AUGCCAUUGCAACCCCCGGACCCUGCCGGUGAUGGUUCAGAACCCCUGAAGAUAUGGAAUUGCGUCAAUUGCCGCCGUCGUAAAGUGCGCUGUGAUAGGCACCAUCCAUGCGCCCAAUGCACCAGAAAUGAGAUCGAGUGUGUCUUCCCCGUAUCUGGCCGUAUCCCUAGCAGAAGCCGAAUCGGAGACCGGGCAGUACAGAAGCAAUUCGAGCUCAUAGGCCGCCUGAGACGGUUGGAAGCAAUGGUUGGUGGACUCAGCUCUCAGGUUGAGAAUGCGGCAGGAAUAAGCCAGAUUGAUCAUCCUGUGGAGGGUUCAGCGAGCGCAGCAAGUGUGACGUCCAGUGAACAAAGUUUCAGCAUCUCAAAUGUAACUUCCGAGCCACCUCAGGUGCCUGAAAACUUUGGCGUAUUGGAGGUUGCCAGAAAUGGUGACCUUGUCGUCGGCGAAGGGUUUUGGACGGUCUUUUGCCAAGAGGUGGAGGAUAUCUUUGAAGCUGUCCAAGGCCAUACAGUCAUGAACUUUAACGACGGCAGUAGCUCAUCGAUGUCAAAUGUCUCACCUCAUACCGGCUAUUACAGUUUCCUUCUCAGAAGUACUUCAGGAGCACGACAGAAGAAGGAUGUAUACCCUCUCCCUUCUCAGUUGCUGUUCCUCUGGCAAAUAUACCUGGACAACGUCGAUCCCUUCAUCAAAAUAUUACACGCGCCAACCAUGACAAAAGCCAUUCGCGAAAUCAGAAGCAGUUAUGAAUCACUUGGAUCUAGUAUGCAAGCCCUUGUUCUCGCCAUUUCCUUGGCGGCAAUUAUGUCGCUCGAGGAUGAGGAGGUGAAAGCGAACUUCAAUACUGACAGAAAUGGCCUUAUUGCUCAGUAUCGGCUUGGAAUUGAACAGGCACUUGAGCAAGCCGACUUUCUGAACCAUCCAGAUAUGACUCUCCUUCAAGCACUCACCAUAUACUUGAGCGUCCUUCAGCAUACCGGCGAGACGAAGAUAGCCUGGGUCUUAGCCGGUGUCCUGGUCAGAGUAGCUGCGGCCAUGAAUCUCCACAUCGACGGCUCAAAACAUGCCCACAUUACCCUCUUCGAGGCCGAGAUGCGACGUCGACUCUGGUGGCAGAUAUGCUUUGUUGAUUCGAGAUCUGAAGUUUCACAGACUUCUGCAUUCAAGCUAUCCCAGGAUAUGUUCGAUACCAAGAUACCCACCAAUACAAAUGAUGCAGACAUUGAUCCCAGCAUGUCACGACUGCCUCUUCCUUUGCACGGGUGGACUGAUAUAACCGCCUUCCUUGUUCGCUGUGAAAUUUGGAAAUUAUCUCGCCAACUUCAAUCUAUCACCGACACCAAUCAAAAACGUGAAGUUUUGGAGAGAAGCGAAGCCAGGAUCGACGAAAAGUAUCUUACGCAGCUUGAUCCCAAUCAACCACUCCAAUCCUUCAUUGGAACAAGCAUUCGGCUCUUCCUUUCUAAAAUCAAACUGAUGCUGCCCCCCAAGCCGAACUAUGGAAACACAAUAGCGGAGACCGAGCCAACAAUACCAAGCAGCAUAUUCACAUCGUGUCUGGCAGCGGUCGAGUACACGUACAAGGUACAAAACGAACCUGCUUGGAGUGGCUGGAGCUGGCAAAUACGAGGUCGACAACCGCCAUGGAAUUCUCUGCGCUCCGUUCUUGGCCAUUUGAGCACUGGGUCUUGGGAACCACUAUACGAUCGGGCAUUGGCUUCAGCUAAAGGCUCUCUAGAAACAUUGCCAGAAGCUGCUCUUAGCAAUCCUCGGUACCAGCAGCUCUUGGUGUUGCUUUCAAGAGCACAAAAAAGGGCUAAUGAGCAUCAUCCCCAAGGCUUUGCCCGAUUAGCAAAUGUACCUGCGGAUCUGUUAUCCCCAGCGGACUUAAAUAUAUCAACGACAUUCGAACAAACAAGCGUCAGCGACAAUAGCUCAACUGCGAUUCCACAAGAGUCAUUCUUAGAUAUGCAAGAUUACUCCGGUGCAGAAAUGGAUUGGCAGGCCUGGAAUGAAAUAGCUGGAGAUCUGGAGAUCUGGGAUAUGGGUAGCCUUUGA